AUGGAGCAACAGAACACGAAAAAUUGCCCCUGUUUGGUGUGUACAAGGACAGACGAUUUAAAACGGUUGAAGUCGUGUUGGGCGUCUAUUGUAAAAGUCGUUUUUUACUCAUUGCAAACCCUGUUUCCUAAUAAAGAAUUUUUCAGUCUAAAGCGAGACGUAUACCCUUACGUGGAAGUACAUCGAAAACUUUUGUCACAGAUUAGACUGAUCGGAUCAAAGAACUGGAAGAAAAAGUUGCUCGACGCAAUAUCACACACCAAAGGGUUUGUCUCUCUCAUGGAUGGGAGUAACGGGAGCUGGAAGAUGUCGCCUUCAAUCGACCCCUUCCCUCCCUCCAAUUUCAACCCCCUUAACUUCACUUCUAUAACCCCAAAACACUCUCAAAAUAAUUCACAGGUCUGCUUGGGUUCUCAAGACUUCGACCUGGAUUUAGAUAACCCUUUGAAGUCUUUUACUCCCAAGAACACUCAUUGUAUGUAUCAAGCACUUAAUCAAUAUGGUUAUGUAGUGAAUGAUGUUGAAACAGGGUAUAAUCACUUCGAAGAGAGAAAAGAGAGAAUCAAGCUUCAAGCAGACGAAAUAACAAGAAUCGAUGAACGCCAAAUAAAAGUGUCACACACAUUAUAA